AUGGGUGCAAAUCAUUCUCUAGGAAAAAAUCGUCAAAACUUUUGCAAUGCAGUGAAUACACCGCCGAAAACCAACCAUCGACUUCUCUUCGAUCCUCGAUCUCCCAGCGAUUGUAUAUCUCGAACCCCGAUUCAAAUAGAUAAUCAAGUUUUACCACCUUCUAAACUUUAUAAUCAUGUCAUGCCUCAUAUUACUGGACCUGAUAUGAAUAUUCCCGAAAACAGCGAUGAAAAUGCCAAUUGCAAAUCGGCACUCAAUGUUGAAGAAGACGAACCAAAACGAAUAAUUACGAAUAAUAAUGGUCAAUUACCACCUUAUCAAUUGUAG